CGGUGCGGGGGCUACUGGUACGGGAAGCAACUCCAGUCACCUUAACCCCGCGGCCGGAGUAGUAUCCGCGGUCAGUUACAGUCCGUGGCCCCGGACCUCCUGCCGAGAUGUGGUUCGAAAUUCUGCCCGGACUGGCAGUUAUGGGCAUAUGUCUGACGAUCCCGGGAAUUAGCACCGCUCUCAUCCAAAAGUACAGCAAUGGGGGCAAGGAAAAGAGAAUUGCCCGUAAUCGAUACCAAUGGAAUCUGUUGGAGAGAGACAAGAGGAUCUCUGGAUUCAGUCAUUAUUAUGAGGCUAAGGGGUUGGAGAACAUAACUGAAGACGAAUAAGUGACCCAUGAUGCCCAUCUUCGUGAUUGCAGAACACUUCUAGGAGAUGUUGUCUGGUGCCCAUUAAAGACAAAACAACUACCCAGA